AUGCGUAUUUAUUGUAGAUUUUCUCCAAACUCUGUACACGUCUUUGAUUCAGUUUCUCUAUGUCGGAGCUCGCGCGUGUCUCGAUACUGGCGCCAUGUUUGUUCGGAGCCGAUGCUUUGGCGUGCAUUGUGUCAGUUACCUCGUGAAUUCCGUCUUUGUUCCGCUGAAGCAGAAUCGUCACAGCUCCGUAGUCACACAUCCGAAUGUGGUACCGUACGAUGGAAGGAUGCGUUUUCGGAGAGGUAUCGCUUGUGGAGGAAUUGGCACGCUGGAAGGUGCGUAGUACGAACAUUUACGGGUCAUACGCAAGGCAUCACCUGCGUUCAAUUUGAUGAUGACAGAAUUGUUAGCGGUUCUUCAGAUACGACAAUACGAAUAUGGGACUUGCGCGGGUCCAGUGACGUGGGCAGUAAGUGUUUGCUCUGUGAUCUUAGAGACUUUGACGAAUUUCUUCAUACCAUACUAUCAUAUCGGCCUGACUCCCCCUCAGUUUUAGAUGAAUGUGUGGAGGAAAUGUUCAGAAAAUUGUUGAUAAGUUUCUUCGAACGAAAUAUCUUUCAAGCACUUAGCAUUUAUCAAAAUUUAUCAAAAUCAAGGCCAACGUUUUUUGCCUUCCUUCCAUCGCCGAAACACUCCAGUCGAAAUCUCGGCACUAUGGCGCUUAAUGGCCACUCAGCAACUGUUCGCUGCCUUGACCUAAACGGAAAUGUGCUGGCAUCUGGUUCAAAUGAUUUUUCCAUAAAAAUAUGGAACGUUGAUGUUAAUCCACGAUGGUCAUCGAUAGGCUGUCGCAAAACUAUGCUAGGUCACUCCAAUUACGUCCGCUGCCUCCAGAUGGAUCAUGAACAUUUGAUAAGUGGUUCAUACGAUAUGCAUCUUAAACUCUGGUCGCUGAAUACUGGAGCAUGUGUGAGAACCUUAGUUGGGCACAACGAUGCAGUUUUAUGUGUGCAAUAUCGUGAUCUGGAAUCCCUAGCUGUUUCUGGAUCAGCAGAUAACUCUAUCAAGUGUUGGGAUACAAGGACAGGAAGACCAGAAAUGACUAUACAUAAUGCUCAUGAUAAUGCGGUCACUUGUGUUCGCUUUGAUGAUCACCGAAUUGUUUCUGGCAGCGUUGAUCGAAUGAUCAAAAUGUGGGAUGUAAGGACAGGAAAGUGCAUGCACACAAUAGAUUGGAAGCUGGCUGAAGGUCACACUGGUGUUGUUCGAUGUCUUCAGGUCGAUACUUGGCGCAUAGUGAGUGCUGCAGAUGACAGAACGAUUAAGGUUUGGAACGUGGAUUCAUUGCAACGCCUGUGUACGUUACACAGUCAUGAAGAUGGAGUUACAUGUGUGCAAUUUAGCGACCGUCAGAUUGUUUCUGGGUCGUACGACAAAACUGUGAAGUUGUGGGAUUUUAGCCGCUUCUAAAG